AUGGCGGAGGAAUAUGAAAAGUUCAAGAGAUUUGAGUAUCGCAUGAACUCAAACCUGGUGCUGCAAAGGGAGGGACCAGUACCAAACCACAAUGAACCGACGGGGGAAAGUGAAAGUUUAGUAGGUAAGUUGAAGUAUAAGAUGGGGGAUAAAGUAGAAUAUAGUAAACCUAAUGAUUUAAAAAAUAAAGAAAAUUAUCGAAGAGCUAAUAAUAAAAGAAAAGAUGAGUUUUUUGAAAAAACAAGUAAAAAAUUAAAAAGGGAGAGUGGUAGAAAUAGGAGUAAUAACAAUAAUAUGAAGGAAAGAAGUGUGUUGAGUAUGAAUAUUGAAGAUAUAUUUUUAUAUAGGCCAACUACGAAAUAUACAGAACAAAUACUAAGUAAAAUUUUGAGUAGUAUUCGAAAUAUGAUAGGUGACAAUACAGGGGAUAUUAUUAACAGUACAUGUAAUGAAAUAUUAUAUAUUUUAAAAGAUGAUAGCUUAAAUAAUGAAGAGAAAAAAAGAUUAGUCGACAGUUCUCUUCAAGUUACCAUAACUGAUGAGAUGUUUAUUGAACUAAAUAAUUUAUCAAAAGAAAUAUAUGAUUUUAACAAAAAAGAAGAAAUUGAGGAAAUGGACAAUGAGGAGGAAGGAGUUGCGGUAGUGUUUGAGGAAGACGAUGAUUAUUUUAAUCAUAAAAAUAGGAGAGAUGUGAAUAGAAAAAAUGAUGACAACUAUAGUGACAUAAUGGAUGAACUAAGUGAUGACUACUUGGAUGAGGAUGAGGAUGAGGAUGAGGAUGAGGAGGAAGAAGAUGAAGAUGAAGCUGAGGAUGAGGAAGAUGAAGACGAAAAAGAAGAGGGGGAAGAUGAAAAUGAAUAUGAAGACGAUACAGCGGAUGAGGAUGAUAGCGAAAAGACGAGUGACAGUAACAAGAUCAGUGGGAGGGAUGAUGAAAAAGGGAAGGAGGAUUCAAACAAGAAAGAAAAAAAAUUAAAACAGAAAAGGAGAAAAAAAAAAAAUGAAGAAGAGGAUGAAGAGGAGGAAGAGAAAGAGAAACAAAAGGUGAGAGAGAAGACAACUAACGUCAAAGAAUUGAACCAUUUGAAAAGGAAAAAAAAGAAAUAUGAAAAUCAUCUGAGUUUAAAAAAUGUAAAUAAAGAUUUCAAAUAUAAAAAUAAAAAUACGGAAAAUUAUGACCUGGACACGAAUUCCAUUGAUGCACACUGGUUACAAAGAGAAUUGAAUAAAGUUUUUACUGACCCAUCACUAUGCUUAGAAAAAGAAAAAGAAGUUUUAAAUAUUUUAAAAAUAUAUGAUAUCCAAGAAUGUGAAAAUAAACUAGUUAAUAUAUUAAAAUAUGAAAAUUUUUCCAUGGCUAAAUUGUUAAUAAAAAAUAGAUGGAAAAUUUAUUAUUGUACCUUGCUUGGUCAGGCACAAACAGAAAAGGAAAAAAAAUACAUAAUGGAAAAUAUGAAAAAAACAGAAGAAGGAGAAGAAAUUUUAGAAGACUUGUCUAAUUUUAAAAAUUUUAAAAAGAACAAGCAAAGUGAGUUUGUAAAAACGAUGAGAAAGGAAGCAGAUAAUUUAUUUAAUAAGGAAAAAUAUGAGCAUAGUACAAAUGAGUUUUUGCCUGAACAGCGAUUUAUACAUGAUGAUGAUGAGAUGCGGGCCAAGGGGAAGGAUGACGAGGACGAGGACGAGAACGAAGUGGACACGAGCGUCAAUGAUGGUACUGAUAUCAGCGGUGAUAGCGGCGAUGGAAAUGUUAGUGGUGAUAGCCAUGAUGAGGAGGGCGAAGGUCGAAGUUCAAAGGGAAACAAAAAAUCGAAUUCAAGGGAACAAACGUCGAGGCGAGGGAACGCAGGAAAGGUAAACAUAACACUAGAUGGAAAUAAAAAGAAGAAGGGGGAAAAAUCAAGUUAUAUAAUAGGGGAAAAUUUUAAAGGUAAAUACAUAGACUUAGAAAAAAUGGACCUUUUAAAGAAGAAUAAUGACUUUUUAAAUAAAGAAGUAAUUCUUCCAUCGGAUAGUAAAAGAAUAGAGAAGAAAGAAUAUGAUGAAAUUAUCAUUAGAAGUAUGAAGGACAGAAAUAGUAGUAAUAGUAGUAGUUCCAUCUCAAAUAAAAAAAUAGGUAAUAAAUGUAAUUACUUUACAUCACCAGAUGAGAUUAGAUUAAUACCAGUUACAGAAUUACCUGAAUGGAGUCAGGAAGUUUUUUCCUGUGUUAAUAUAACCAAAUUAAAUGCAAUACAGUCAAAAGUAUACGAUACAGCUUUUAAUAAAUAUGAAGAGAAUAUGUUAAUAUGUGCUCCAACAGGGUCAGGUAAAACAAAUAUUGCAUUAUUAUGUAUAUUAAAUGUUAUCAAUAGUAAUAGAUUAACAAGUGGAAAUAUUGACAAAAAGAAUUUUAAGGUUAUUUAUAUAUCUCCUAUGAAAGCUUUAGUUAAUGAACAAGUGCAAUCAUUUAACUUGAGAUUAAAAUGUAUGAAUUUGAAGGUAAGUGAGUUAACAGGUGAUGUACAUCUAAGUAGUAAAGAAAUAGAUGAUAGCCAAAUUAUUGUUAUGACUCCAGAAAAAUUAGAAAUAAUUAGUCGUAAAUGGAAUGAAAAAAUAUUGUUACAGAAAGUAAAACUAAUUAUUUUUGAUGAAAUACAUUUACUUAAUGAAGUUAGGGGUAAUGUAUUAGAGAGUAUUAUAACGCGUAUUAACAGGUACAUAGAUAACACAUUGAUAUAUGAUGGUAGCACUACUAGUACAGAAGAAACUGCACGAUUUGGUAAGGAUAAAAUAUCAAGCAUGGUUAGUAGUGACAAUCAUGUAGUUAACAAAAAUGAAACAAUAAUAAAUAUGAAUAAAAAGAAAAUUCGAUUGGUUGGUUUAUCAGCUACAUUGCCCAACUAUGAAGAUGUAGGGUUAUUCCUACGAGCGGAUUUACAAAAAGGGGUGUUCUAUUUUGAUUAUUCCUUUAGACCAGUACAGCUGGAGCAAUAUUACAUAGGUAUAAAAGAAAAGAAAGGCAUAAAGAAAUAUGCACUAAUGAAUGAUAUUACAUAUGAAAAAGUACUUGAAGAAGCAGGAAAAAAUCAAAUUUUAAUUUUUGUUCAUAGUAGAAAAGAAACAUACAGAACAGCAAAGAUAUUAAUUGAUAGGUUUAUGAAAAGUGAUAACUUGAGCAAAUUCUUAAUUGAUAAGAAGAUUUCGACCGAAAUAUUACUUUCCGAGAAGGAAGCUAUCGUUAAUGAUGAGUUGAAGGAGAUUCUUCCAUUCGGUUUUGGCAUCCAUCAUGCAGGAUUAAAAAGAACGGAUAGGAAAUUAGUGGAAGAUCUAUUUUCAGAUAAACAUUUACAAGUCCUUGUUUCUACUAGUACAUUAGCAUGGGGUAUUAAUUUACCUGCACACACAGUAAUAAUUAAAGGUACGAGUGUUUACAAUAUUAAUAUAGGCGAUUUUGAUGAAUUAUCAGCUAUGGAUGUUUUACAAAUGAUUGGUAGAUCUGGUAGACCACAAUAUGAUAAAAAUGGUAAAGCAAUUAUUAUUACUGAUCAUAAAAAUUUACAGCUCUAUCUUUCUCUUAAUAAUGAACAACUUUUUAUUGAAUCUACCUUACUGAACAAUAUUGUUAAUAUUAUAAAUGCAGAAAUUGUUCUAAAAAAUAUACAAAAUUUAAAAGAUGCUAUAAAUUGGUUUAAUUAUACAUAUAUGUAUAUACGUAUGAUGAAAAAUCCAUCUUUAUAUGGGAUCCAAAUGGGUGAAAACUUUGGUGAUAUACAAGAAUUUUUAAGUUAUAAGGAAAAUUAUGACUUGUUCAGGCAAAAAGUGAAUAAACGAAUUUACAACAUAAUAUAUUCCUCUUUUUUAAUAUUAGAAAAAUAUGAUUUAAUAAAAUAUAACAAGAAAUUGAACACAGUGAGUAGUACAUAUAUGGGUAAGAUAAGUAGUUACUAUUAUGUGGAUUAUAAAUCGAUAGAUAUGUAUAACAAAAAGUUGAAUAAGUAUACAAAUGAAAUUGAUUUAUUGAAAAUAUUUACAAUGAGUGAAGAAUUUAGGAAUAUAUAUAUAAGAGAAGAGGAAAAGGUUGAGUUGUCUAUAAUUAUGGAAAAGUUACCUAUACCUGUUAAGGAGUCCAUAAACAUUCCAUAUACUAAGAUAAACAUAUUAUUACAGUUAUAUUUGUCGAAUAUAACUCUGAGUGGGUAUAUAAUAAAUGCAGAUUUGGUGUAUAUACACCAGAAUGCUUUACGUAUAUUCCGCUCGUUCUUUGAGAUAUCGUUAAGAAAAAAUUCGUACAGUCUUAUUGCAUUGACGUUAAAAUUUUCUAAAAUGAUAGAGAGAAGGAUGUGGAGUACUAUGACCCCCUUGAGACAGUUCGGUUUGUUAAGUAAUGAGUUAAUUCGAGUUGUAGAAAAAAAAAAUAUCAGUUUUAAGAAUUAUAUUACUAUGAAUAUAAAUGAAUAUAUUACCAUUUUUAAAAAUAAAAAAAUUGCUAAAAAUAUAUAUAAAUUAGUUCAUCAUUUUCCAAAAAUUGAUUUAAAUGCAUAUAUACAACCAAUUAAUCAUAAAAUUUUAAAAGUGGAAUUAAAUAUAACCCCAGAUUUUAUAUAUAACCCUAAAUAUCAUGGGUACUCUAUGUUAUUUUGGGUAUUCGUGUUUGAUAUAUCUAAUGAGAAUAUACUCCAUUAUGAUUUGUUUACAUUAAAAAAGAAUUAUAAAACUACUAGUAUAUUUGAAAGUGAAAAGGAUGAAGAAGAGAACAAAAUGAUGAAGAAAAAUAAGAAAGAUGUAUAUUCUUCUUCAGAUACUCUAGAUGACCAUUUGUUAACCUUCUUUUUACCAAUAAAUGAAAAUCCUUAUUACAUUGUUAAGGUAAUUUCGGAUAAAUGGUUGGAAUGUGAAUGUACUGUUAACUUAUAUUUAAAUGAUCUUAUCUUACCCUCAAAAAAUUUUUACUCAACACAGUUAUUAGAUUUACAACCACUACCAUUGAACUCUUUAAAGUAUGAAAUAGCUAAAAAAUUUUUUUUAAGUAGAAAUAUAAAAUUGUUUAGUCCUAUAUAUACUCAAGUCUUUUCUUCCAUAUAUGAAAAUAAUGGAAAUGUUAUAAUAUGUAGUUCGUCGUCAAAGUACUAUUUAAUUCCAGCAGAAUUGGCAAUCAUUAAAAUAGUGAAAUGUUUGCACGAUUUGAAUAGUUACAUGAGGAAAUAUAUAAAGAAUGAAAAAGAUUUGUAUAAAAUAAUGAAUGAUAAGAAGCUGGCCGAUAUGAUUUAUAACAAUCCUCUCGAGUUGAUGAAAGUUGUUUAUAUAGCUCCAUUGGAAGAAAUUGUACUAAAAACGUACAAAAAUUGGAUUGUUUUUAAAAACAUGUUUCACCUGAACAUGUGCAUAUUAAGUGGAGAUGUGCAAGUAGAUAUGAAACUUUUGCAAAAAAGUAAUAUCAUUUUAAGUACACCUAAUAUAUAUGAUAAUAUAUCAAAAAAAUGGAGAAGGAAAAAAAUUCUGCAAAAUGUUAAUUUGUAUAUAUUUGAUCAUAUGGAAUUAUUAGAUACUACAAAUGGUGCUAUUAUGGAAGUAGUUAUUAGUAGAAUAAGAUAUAUAUCAACACAGCUGCAACUGAAUAAGUCAAACAAGAAGGGAAGUAGAAAAAGUGUUGGCAACAGUGCUUCUUUGUUGUUACCAAUUCUCGAUAUGAAUCUAGUACCUGACACAGAUAAUAAUAAUAGUAAUAAUAGUAAUACUAAUAAUAGUAAUAGUAAUACUAAUAAUAGUAAUACUAAUAAUAGUAAUAGUAAUACUAAUAAUAGUAAUACUAAUAAUAGUAAUAGUAAUACUAAUAAUAGUAAUACUAAUAAUAGUAGUAGCAAAGAAAAUUUUAUCACGUAUAAUAUAAAUAAAUUACAGAAUUUACAAAUCGAGCAUAUAUAUGAAAGUAUAGGAUUAAAUAGAAUCCUAUGUCUAUCUAGUUGUUCCUUAUAUAAUUGUAAAGAUUUUUCCGAAUGGAUUGGAUGUAAAAAAAAUGAUUACUAUAAUUUUCUUUCAUCAGUCCGAAAUAUACCUAUUGAAAUAUAUUUGCAUGCUGUCAAUAUUAUGAACAAGCAAAAUAGAUAUAUGUCCAUGCAAAGGCAGGUAUAUCAAAAUAUAAGAAAAUUAAAUAAAAAGAAAAAUGUUAUCAUAUUUGUAACUGAACAGAAAUUAUGUAAAACCCUAGCACUUGAUUUGAUACUCUCUGCCUAUAAUGAUAACACGCAUUUUUAUUCCAUUUUUGAAAACUAUGUUGUUGAGAGGGGGAGAUCUAGCAACGUUGGCACUGCGGUAGGGAGUAAUGGCACCUAUGACCAAGAGAGCAAGUUUGUAGGAAUGAGAAACGAGUUCGAAACUGCACACACUGCUUUUGAAGGGAACGCGCAUAAGAACUUUAAGAAAGACGGCAUCAACUUAACUAUCGAACGACUUAUAGAUAGUAACAUGGUGCAAAUGGGCAUCAACAGAAAGGAAAGUUACAUGGUUAGCGGGAAUGGUGGUUGUAAUGCUAGCAGUAGUGGUGAUAGUAGUGGUAGUAGUAGUACUAGGCGUAAUGGUAAUUCCCGGAAGGGGAGGGGAAAGGCAAGAAAUUCGGAAAUGGAAGAUGAAAGAAGGGAUGAUUUGCCGUCAAAUGAGGAUUCCAUUUUUGAUUAUAUAAACGACAAAAUGCUGGUGCAACUGAUGAAGAAUGGAUUGUGUUAUCUACACAGUAAUAUGACGGAAGUAGAAAGGAAAAUAGUGGAGAUGCUAUUUGAUAAAAAAGCAAUACAAAUUUUGAUAGUCGCUUAUGAUUAUAUAUACAGUUUGAAUGUAUAUGGAAAUACUAUAAUAAUAUUGGACACAAUAAUAACCCAUUUUGAUAACAAAGAAGAAGACUACUCUAUUCAGAACGUUUUAGAAAUGAUUAGUUAUGCUGGUAGACAAGGGGAAGAUGUUAAAUCUUUUGUAUAUAUAUAUACAUAUAUAACUAAGAAAGAGUAUUAUAAAAAUUUUAUAUAUGAACCUUUAACAGUUGAGUCUAAUAUUGAAGAUUAUUUACCCAAUUUUUUAAACAAUGAAAUAGUUAUGAGUACUAUUGAAAAUUAUCAAGAUGCUAUUGAUUGGUUAACAUGGUCCUUUUUUUAUAGACGAAUUAAGAAAAACCCAAAUUAUUAUGGAUUAAAAGGAAUUUCAAAUGAACACAUAACUGAUUAUCUUUCGGAAUUGAUUGAAAAUAAUAUAGAAAUUAUAUCAUUUGCUAAUUGCAUAAAUAUAGAAGAAGAAAGUACAAAUAUGAUUAGUUUAAAACCAUGUAAUUUAGGUAUAAUAUCCUCUUUCUAUAACUUGGAUUAUCAUGUUGUUCAUUUUUUUAAUGAAUAUAUUUUAUCCUUAAAAAAUUUAAAAAAAAAUAAAAUUUUGGAAAUUAUUUGUCUAUCCAAUGUUUUUAUUGAUUUACUCAAAAUUAAUAAUUAUGAUAUUUAUUUAUGUUUAAAAAUUUCCAAAAGUUGUAAUAUCGAAGUAACAUAUGAAUUUUUAAAGCUCUCCUUAAAUUAUGAAAAAAAUUUAUUAAAAAAUGACCAAGAAGGAUUAAAUAUCAAAAAUGACCUGAACAAGUCAGGAGAAAAUGGAAAAAAAGAUCAAUAUAUAAUUAAUUUGCUCAAUUUUAUUACUGUACCAACAUAUUUUACAGCUCAUUUAAAAGCAUUAAUAAUUUUACAAGCACAUAUAAAUAGGUAUAGUAUACCAAUCAAUUAUAUAGAAGAAACGAAAAAAGUUUUGUUGAAAAUUUUUAAAUUAAUAAAUGCAUUGGUGGACGUCAUAAGUAGCAAUAAUAUAUUAAAUUUCUGUCUUUUUGUAAUGGAAGUAUCACAAAUGAUAACUCAAAGUGUAACAAAUACAAAUAAUGAGUCAAGCUUAUUGCAGUUACCCCAUUUUGAUAGUCAAUUAAUUAAAAAAGCCAAUGAAAUGGAAAUAAUGGAUGUAUAUGACUUAAUUAAUGCAGAUGAUGAUAAAAGAGAAUUUUUAUUAAAACAUUUAAAUGAAAAACAAAAGAGCCAAAUUGCAAAUGUAUGUAAUAUUUUCCCAAUAAUAGAAGUACAAUAUGAAAUAGAUUUAAAUAAAACAUAUAAAGUUAAUGAAAUUGCUACUUUAAAUUUAACUAUUGAAAGAGACUUGACGGAUGAGGAUAUCUCCUCUUUUGCUCACUCCCUUUAUCUUCCAUUCGAAAAGGAAGAAAUGUGGUGGAUAGUUAUCGGAAUUAAAAAAAUGAAUCUACUCUUGUCAAUUAAAAAAUUAUCUUUGCUAAAACCAGUUAAUAAUGUAAAGAUUAAUUUUGAGUUGCCCAGUAAACCCAAUACAUACCAAGUCGUUAUAUACGUCAUAAACGACUGCUAUGUUGGGUGUGACCAGGAGUACGAAUUUAGGAUUACAGUGGAGGGGUAG